GCUUGAUCUUGGCGAGCGCGUGCGUGCGCACCCGUGGAAAAUAUCUCAAGACCAGUAUUGCGCGUGGCACUAAACCUGAGAUAAAGGAGCUCUUCAAACAGCACAGCACCCUAGAGUUGGACCUUUGCUCCAACUUGGAAGUUUAGCUGGAAAUUGAAUAUUGUCCAGGUUCAUUGGAAGCCCCCUCCUGACCAAGGGGGCGUGAGAAUAUCAUUCCAUUAUCCCACAAUGAGAGCGCUUUUCCCGGUUUUAGUGUAUUGCAUCAGCCUGCUCUCUACACAACUGCUGGCUCUACCGGUGGAAAACAGGUUGGACUUCAUGACAAGACUCCAAGAGCUAAGAGAGAAAUCGACCAUCUCUCCAGACGUUACUCAGAGCUCAAACACUGACCAUGGCAUCUCUAUUGACCGCACCAUUUUAUGGAGGGCCAUCUUGUCCAGAGCGCCGCCUGCAGACCUAACAGGGGACCAACUCCAGUCCACCUUAACACUCGAGAGCCCUAAACAGAGAGAGCGACGUUAUGUACACUCAAGAGGGCACCACAGCCACCAUCACCCCCAGCUAAUGCGUGUGGGAUGCGUCCUAGGCACCUGCCAGGUACAAAACCUCAGCCAUCGCCUCUACCAACUUGUUGGGCAAAGUGGACGGGAAGACUCUCCAAUUAACCCGCGCAGUCCACACAGCUACGGAUGACUCCAGAGGCUAAAACUAAGACCAAGAAAACAGCGUUACACAUAUCUGUCUAUUAAAUUGCAAUAGGAACCUGCUGUAGGACUCUUUCCUCCUCCUCUCUGCAUUGGUUUUCUGGAGUGUCUGCUGUGCCUUUUUGGGACAGAAAGGAUGUUUUGUUACUUGACGGUGUCUUCUUUGUGCCUUUAAAACACUUUUUUGUAUACUUAAUUUUGGUAUUAUCAUUAUAAGUCUUAAGACAAGAGAUUAUUCCGGGCUCAGCCGCAUUAUAUCCCGACUCAUCUAUUUAACUUCUACACCACUGAUCAAACCGUCUGAGCCUUUAAAGUGGAUUUCAACAAGGUGCACGAUUGGAUUUCUGUCAAUCUGAAGCCCCGUGUGAUUCAAAAGACUCUGAACCCUCUCACCUUGUGUCUGCAAGAUGAUUUUAAGAAGAAACCAGACUUGUUUUUUUGUUACAGUGGUUUCAAUACCAAUGUCUGAUACCUUCUUACCUGAAUACCUACGCCAACUUAAACCUUGGGUUUUAAACAAUGGCGAAUUGUGACUUUAUAAACACAGUGGUCUCUUGGUUGAACCCGCAGUAGCAAUUGUUGCUGAAUCUGGAUUAGUACAUUGUUUCUUUACCGAGCACUGAGGUCUGGCGCCUGAAAUAUUACACUUCACGUGAAGUCACGAGAAUGAGUUAUAAUCCUAAAGGUCUCAGUUUCCACUCUUACUUAAUCAUGUUGGGCUUUGCCACAUUUCAUAAACAGACCCAAGACCUUUCUGAGCAUUUCUAAAUGAUUAGCUUAUAACUCAUUUAGAAAUGAACCAGCUCCUUAAUACAGGCGGAACUAGCUGAAGGACUGUUAGAGGUCCCAUUUUGAUUGCCAAAACACUUUUGAGUCGUGAGUGGGUAUGCAAAAACGACUAAAUACGCUGUAUUGUGCAUGCAAAGUCAGUAGAUAGCACUUUGUAACUAAAGAAACAAUUUGUGCAUGUGCAGAUAAUGAUGAAACAAACUAAAAACAAUCACAAAAAUCAUGCAUCUUGGAUUUUGGGUGCAAAAAUACAAAGUGAAAACUGACUACAACAACAAUGGUGGACUACCAGACCAUAUGUGUGUGUGCAGCUUGUGUUUCUCUACAAUAUAACAUUGCCAUCUACUAGCCUGGCAUGCAUAAUACAGCAAUUUACAAAUCUGCAUGAAUACGCUUGUCUUCUGUUAGCAAAACAUUUUCAAAAAGAAAAACUUUAUACAUUUACGCUAAUAAAUUUAGCAUAUGCUUUCAUCCAAAGCGACUUACAUCGGUAAACACACACCCGAAGCAGUAACACUUUAUUUUAAGUUACAAUUCUCACUAUUAAUAAACCAUUAACUAUGACUUUUGCCCCAAUGAACUCCUAAUGUGCUACUUAUUAAUAGUUAUUAAGGUAGUAGUUGGAUUUAAGUAUUACGUAGGAUGAGGGAUGUAGAAUAGGAUCUGGCAGAAUAUGUGCUUGAGAAGUACUAAACAGCCAAUAUCUUACUAAUAGACAGGCAAUAAGCCACUAGUAAUAGUGAGAAUUGUUACCUUAUAUAGUUUUCAGUACAUCCUUGUAGAGAAAACAAAAACACCUUAUAAUUUUUGUUAAACUUUGAGAAAUUUACCCCCAUUAGUCCAUACAAUGCGAGUCAGAAGGCCUUGAUUUUGGAGCGCACUCACUUUCAUUAUAAAGGCAAAAGCUGAUUUAUUAGUAAAACACACCACUCUUAAUAUCAGAAAUCCUCUUAAAAAUGUCCCCAACACACACUGGCUGGCUUGAUUUAAGUAAUUCUCAAGCUCAUUCUUGUAACUCUAAUUAAAGAUUCUAGUUAUACCAAAAUUUCAGGCGCGAGCGUGCCAAAGUCUUUCGGGAACACGGCCUUUCCAAAAACACUCUCCAUCCGUGUCAUGUAUUUUAAGAAUUCCCUUUGUUAUAAUAAUCAUGUCUGAAUCCGUGGGUGGAUACACACACCAAAAAUACCCAACAGACAUAGGAAAAGUAGCCGUAAAAAACAGUCAACCCUAGUUUUUUGGGGGUCUGUGGAUGUCAGGAGAAUGCUGUGAGACAUCAAAGUCCAUGUCUGGGGAUUAAAAUAGCGGACGUAAUCCUACUUAAACAUCAGAAACUUUUCAUUUCUGCAAAGUAUCCAGGCCAACCUCACGAAACCCUUUAUGUUAUAGGACAAAGUGCUUUCAAUUCGCUCCAGAAAGGCAGAGAACUGACCAAAAAACCUGAGUUUACUUGAUACCUU